AUGCGUUCGAUGUGUGCUCUGGGUCUCUUCUUUGCCCUGCUGCAUCUGUCAACCUCUCUGCUGCUGGGAGCCUUCAACUUCAAGUCAUUUGGAGACAAGAAAGCCUCCAACACCACUCUGAUGAACAUCAUCAGCACGAUUGUCCACCGCUAUGACAUCAUUCUGAUCCAGGAGGUCAGAGAUAGCGAUCUGUCAGCAACCAAAAAACUCAUGCAGCAUGUCAACAGAGGUCCUUCUCAGUUCAGGUACAGCCACAUUGUAAGCGAGCCUCUGGGUCGCGGGUCCUAUAAGGAGAGAUACCUCUUCCUCUACAGAGAACACACAGUGUCCGUGGCUAAGAACUACACCUACAGCGACGGCUGCGAGCCCUGUGGGACAGACACCUUCAGCAGAGAGCCCUUUGUUGUCAUGUUCUCCUCCAGAUAUACCGCUGUGAAGACCUUUGCUCUCAUCCCCCAGCACACGUCUCCAGACUACGCAGUGAAGGAAGUGAAUGCUCUCUAUGAUGUGGUGGCCGAUGUGCGCACUCGCUGGAACACCAAUGACAUUGUUCUGCUGGGGGACUUCAACAUGGGCUGCAGUUAUGUAACAGGCUCCGACUGGCAGCAGAUCCGUCUCUUCACAGAUAAGAGCUUCCACUGGCUCAUCACCAACGAGGCUGACACCACGGUGUCACACACUAACUGCCCUUACGACAGGAUUGUGGUCACCUCUGACAUGAUGAGGGGAGUAGUGCGCAGCAGUGCUGCGGUUUACAACUACAUGCUGGACCUGAAUCUCAGCCACAAACUGGCAUUGGCUGUCAGUGACCAUUUCCCUGUGGAGGUGAAGCUGAUUGGUCAGGCUCCCGCUGCCUGA